AUGGACAACCGGCCCGCCUCCGAGUACGCCCAGCCAGAACCAAAUUCUGCUGCUGCUGCUCACUACACCCCGCAACCCGAGGUCCGCCCUACGCCGCAAUACACGCCGCAGCCUGAGGUUCGACCCGCCAAUAUCUCCUCGGCCAACACCCCUCAGUCGGACUACAGUCUGAACCCUCCGCCGACCGCCCGCUCGCCUGCCUACCAGGACUACCUUCACCGUCCUCCCCAGUCAUACGCCCCCAGCUCCCAACCCGGCGGCACGGCAGGUAUGGCUCAAGCAACAAAUCCUUCGCUUCCGGCCAACAGCCCCACCUAUCCUCCCCCCUACUCUCCCUAUCAGCCUCAGGGGCAUGAGAUGGCGCAGUACCAGGGCCACCCCCCUCCGCCUCAGCAUAUGUAUGCGCGUCCGGAUUGGCCGCAUAGCUAUGGACAACAGCAUCAUGGAUUGCCGGGACCUUACGCUUCCCCGGCCACAACGGUUGGUUCUACCUCUCCUGUUGGUGCACUUGCAGGGCCGCGUUCUCCAAAGGUCUACUCAUUUGUCCCAAUUCCUGGCGCACAGCAGCAUAAGCGUCCUCGUCGCCGUUACGAGGAAAUUGAGCGCAUGUAUAAGUGUGGAUGGAACGGAUGUGAGAAAGCAUAUGGUACUCUAAACCAUUUGAAUGCACACGUGACUAUGCAGUCGCAUGGCGCGAAGCGCACUCCUGAGGAAUUCAAGGAAAUCCGCAAGGAAUGGAAGGCUCGCAAGAAGGAGGAAGAGGCUCAGCGCAAGGCUAUUGAGGAGCGUGAGCGUGCUGCCGCUCAGGCCGCCCAGGCCAACCAGGUCGAGCCUCCCAACCCCUCUGACCCAUCCCACGGACAGCCGCCUGCUUACGCUGGUGGAGUCCGCCCUCAACUCCCUCCGAUCGGAUACCAGCCCGCGGAUAGCCAGCCCCCCAGCCAGUAUGGUGGUCCUCCUGGAAGUGGCAUGGUCUACCAGAACAAUGCACAGAUGGCCUACCCUCCCAACUACCCUCACUCUCCCUAUCAGAGCGGACCUGUGUACCCGCAACGUGAGUAA